AUGAUUAUCUACAAGCCAUUGGACCUUGAGAAUCUUUCGCAAUUCAAACAGAUCAAGAAACUUAUCGAUGCUGAUCUUUCGGAACCUUAUUCAAUAUACGUGUACAGAUAUUUUCUCAAUCGAUGGCCAGAAUUAGCAUAUUUAGCAUUCGAUCAGGAUGGAAAUGAACCAGAAAUACCCAUUGGAUGUGUUGUUUGUAAAAGUGAAUCGCAUAGAGGUCGUAGAAUGCGUGGAUAUAUUGGCAUGUUAGCUGUUGAAAGUGGAUACCGAGGUCAAGGAAUUGCUAAAACAUUGGUAACCAAAUCUAUUGAAAAAAUGGCUAAAGAUGGAUGCGAUGAAAUAAUGUUGGAAACAGAAGUGGAAAAUCAAAUUGCAUUGAACCUUUAUGAAAAUAUGGGGUUUAUUAGAAUGAAAAGAAUGUUCAGGUAUUAUUUGAAUGAAGGUGAUGCAUACAAGUUAAUUUUACCACUAACGGAGAAGAGUUGUAUAAGAACAACUUUCCUACAAGAUUUCACGUUCGAUCCAAAUUUAAUCAUUAAUUAA